CUGACACCGCACCCGACCGCCCACACCCGGCUCAGCGCUCGUCCGUCUCUCGGCCCUGCAGCUUGCGCGCUCUUGGGAAACCUGCGUCCGGCUCCCGGGCUCCACAUUCCUUGAGGUCCCCGGUCGCCCAUGGUCCCCAUGGCCACCCCGUGGGGCGAUCUAGGAGACGCCUGAGGAAGCCCAGACAGUGCCCGUCCACGGCCCUGCGGGCUGCGCGGCGGGAGUCUGCGGGGAGCUAUGCUGAACUUGCGGGGUGAGGACGAAGCCGCGCAGCUCGCCCCUCGGCGUGCCCGCGUCCCGGUCCCCGUGCCCAGAUCCACGGCCCCCGACGUGUCCGCCCGCUUGGGUCUUGCCUGCCUGCUGUUGUUGCUGCUCCUGACUCUGCCGGCUCGCGUAGACACGUCCUGGUGGUACAUAGGGGCACUGGGAGCCCGAGUGAUCUGUGACAACAUCCCCGGUCUGGUGAGCCGGCAGCGGCAGUUGUGCCAGCGCUACCCGGACAUCAUGCGCUCAGUAGGUGAAGGUGCCCGGGAAUGGAUCCGAGAAUGUCAGCACCAGUUCCGCCAUCACCGCUGGAACUGCACCACACUGGACCGGGACCACACUGUCUUUGGUCGUGCCAUGCUCAGAAGCAGCCGGGAGGCAGCAUUUGUGUACGCUAUCUCAUCAGCAGGAGUGGUCCACGCUAUCACUCGGGCCUGUAGCCAGGGUGAGCUGAGUGUGUGCAGCUGUGACCCAUAUACCCGAGGUCGGCACCAUGAUCAACGAGGGGACUUUGACUGGGGCGGCUGUAGCGACAACAUCCACUACGGUGUCCGCUUUGCCAAGGCUUUUGUGGAUGCCAAAGAGAAGAGGCUUAAGGACGCCCGGGCCCUCAUGAACUUACAUAACAACCGCUGCGGUCGCACGGCUGUGCGACGAUUUCUGAAGCUGGAGUGCAAGUGUCACGGUGUGAGUGGCUCCUGUACUCUGCGCACCUGCUGGAGGGCACUCUCAGACUUCCGCCGCACAGGGGACUACCUGAGGAGGCGAUAUGAUGGGGCUGUGCAGGUGACAGCCACGCAGGAUGGAGCCAAUUUCACAGCAGCCCGCCAAGGCUAUCGCCACGCCACCCGGACAGAUCUUGUCUACUUUGACAACUCUCCUGACUACUGUGUCUUGGACAAGGCUGCAGGUUCCCUAGGCACCGCAGGCCGUGUCUGCAGCAAGACUUCUAAAGGAACAGAUGGGUGUGAAAUCAUGUGUUGCGGCCGAGGAUAUGACACAACUCGGGUCACCCGUGUCACCCAGUCCUGAGCAUCACUCUGAGGACACACACGUAUCCACGUGCAGAAGGCACACUCAAGACGGACUCACACAGCGUUUUUUCAGGUUGUAUGGGAAUUAUAAUGAUCUCACCUCUCCCAACAAUUAAAAACAAGCAGCUAGAACCUCCAGAAGUCACACCAACAACAGGGUCAGCUACAAGUAAGGAAUGUUUCAAAACUACAUUAUCAACAUGAAGUGCAAUGUUUGCUUUGGGAAUUGGUACUCUCCCGGGAGGUGACAGAGGAAGGACACAGAAAGGGCAUGGAGAAGAGAUCAAGGGUGGAGAAUUACCACCCAAGCAGAGUGGCUGAGGUCGAGUAACUUCUCAAACCUGGCCUGCACUGAGGACAGGGAGGAGCGCAUCCUAUGUGUUCUGAGUGACUGGCCAGCCUCCUGGGACUGCCCCGAGGUAGACAGUCACUGAGCUUGCUCUUUAUUACCUGCUGUUUUAAACUCUUACCAGACCAGAAAACAGGAUACCUUUGAUUCCAGGAGUGAUCUCUAUAAGAGAGGUGCUGGAGGAACAAGCGGUGGCUUUAGGAGGGUAGAUUCGUCCCAGUUGCUGACCUUUUGGGAGCGGUCUUUAUCUUUGGAUGAUUGACAGGUUUCAGGUAAUAGACCUGAGCCAAUUCCCCACUUCUAUAGCUUGGAUUAUCACUGGGCAUUGCUGCAGCCAUCCACUUAGGAUGUCGCAGUCACCCAGGAUUUGAAAAUGCAAGAUGAGCAUUCUCUGCUUUGCUCCUCUGACUCUCAAGUAUCUUUUGUUGUUCACUUCCAUUUUCCCCAUGAAUCUAUGGUCAGAGCAGCUGGACAUAGGAGUUCUUUAACCAAGAAAGCAGAAUUCUGAUUACAUUUUGUCUACAUUACCAGCUCCUGUAAGCAGCUAUGGCCAAACAGACAAGCUAAGCCACAGUUUCAACUUUUGACAAAUUCCUAGAUUGGGGGGUGGGGAGCUUCCACAAAAAUAGCAAUAGCGCUCACCAAACCCUUUUGUGCGUAUGAUGCUUGGGCAUGUAGACAGGUCUCACACUCACCCCAUGGCUGGUGAGAUGGAGAUUAUUCUGUUUUAUGGAGCCAUUCGGAGAGGUUCAGUGAAUGAUCCCCCCAGAAUGCAAACCUAGUUUUCUUUAGCUUCAAAUACCAUGUACUCUUUUCAAAGUCUGAAGGUGCUAGGAUUUGGGGAUGGUCAGAACAGAAACUGUUAACUAGCCCAGUCCAUAGAGGAGUCCUUGAGUAUCUAAGCAGAGCUAAACCUACAUUCCCCUAACCUCAUCAGUGUCUUGUUCCUACUAUGUCACUGUUAACCAUCACUCUACAAAGAACUCUGCAUUUUACCAGCUGAUGCUUCUCAUUCCUUGUAGCCCCACCCCAUCCCUCAAAUUAGCAUUCAAUUUUUUUUUUUUUGGUUUUAUUUUCUCUUAAGUUCUUUUCCAGUGAUGUUCAAUGCAUAGACAGAAUGGAAGUAGUCAUGAGAAGACAUGGCUAGACUGUGGGCUUGUCUUGAAUUUCCUUUGAGACUUCAUUCUUUUUAAAAAUCACUAUCAAGUCCUUGGUGAGAGAGCUAAGCCACCAUCCCACCUAAGCCACUCAAGACGCUCCCUGAGACAUUGCAGUUCAUCUACCAGCUGUGUCCAACCUCGCUUGGCAAUACAGUACAAAAAUCUUUGCUCAAGAACUGUGCAGGCAAAUCACAAAGCCUCUCAUGUUUUUGUUUUUUGAGACAGGGUUUCUCUGUGUAGUCCUGGCUGUCCUGGAACUCACUCUGUAGACCAGGCUGGCCUUAAACUCAGAAAUCCACCUGCCUCUGCCUCCCAAGUGCUGGGAUUAAAGGCAUGUGCCACCACUGCCUGGCCGCCUCUCAUGUUUUAAGUAAGCUUAUAACUGUAAUUUUGUGUCGGGCUGCACUUAUAGUCAUUCUUUGCUCUGUGCAGAUACAUGUGGUUUAUGGGCUUCGGGCUGGACACACCUGAGACAAAGGAGAUCUAGGAUGUAGAGAAAGAUCUCUAAGAUGAGGCCCAAGCACAUUUUAUUUUAUCAAAACCUCUUGCUUCUCUCAGUUCCUCUUUCUGCACUCACUCAAAUUGGGGUCUCAGUUUAAUUGUAGAUAGUGAAAAAAGGCAGCCCAGCCAACCCUUCCCUGGUUAAGAUAGCAUAAGCCCUCAAAUCCCCUAUGUAUCUCACUGGUAUACCCCAGCAGAGAAGUCAGAAGGAAAGCUGCAGAAGCACAGUAUUCAUCAAUCAUAGACUGGGACAUGCAGCUCUCUGACCUGGGCCCCUGCUUGAGCUAGAGAAAGAACACCUACCUAUAGUCAGGAUUGCUCCUGCAGCAACCCUUAGUUUUUGGUCCAUCCAUCUUGGCUCUCACUGCUCUCCACCCCCAACUGCCUCCACAUGUGGGCUCAGAAGUCAUCAUCUAAAGAAUUCCACUGCUCACCUCCUGCAUAGCAGCACAGCCCCAUGAGGCCGCACACCAGAUGGAAGGGAUAAAAGUACGAGGUCAUGGCUUCUAGCAAGAGGUUUUUCUUAAACUAACCCUGACUCCUGGAAGAGAGUCAGAGCAGGAGUAUGUCUGGUGAGCUGCUGACAACAGCAGCUUCAUAGAUCUUGUGUGAAAAAGAAGGGAAAUUCUACCUUGGCUUCAGUGGAGAUUUACCUACUUCUGUCUUUGGGUCUACUCCUGGUUUCAUGUCUGUAGCUUGAAGAUGUCUGAGAAGAAUGCAGAGAUGGACAAAUCAAAGGGUUCAGUAUUUCCUAAAUGUGAGGACCCACAUGCUAACAUGCAGGCCUUCCCUCAACAGAUGCCUGGUUUCUCCAAGGAAUACAACUAUCAAGUAAAAGGAAAGGGAGAAAGGUGCACUAGGACCCUGAUGACCUUGGGCAGGCUGUCAGUGGGCCUUCAUAGGUUUGUGUAGAAUGAAAAAGGCAAGGGAGUUAGGGAAUGGCCAUCAGUGGUAGCAUUAUGAGUGUUGCGAGACAACACACAAAAACAACAGCUACACAGAGACAAACAGAGACUAGGUAACAAGUCAUAGAAUAAGGGAAGUAUGAAUGAGAUCCAUCAGAGACGAUCUUCCAAAGGAGGUGCCGAGAGCUAGAAUGUUCUAAGAUAAGGUAUGAGCAGCUAGAAGGCAGAGGAAGGCAUUCUAUGUUGAAGGUACUGGUGUGUGCUGAGGCUUACAAGCAAGAAUGUACAAGCAAUGUAUUAGGAAUUUCAAGCAAGUAUAUACUAUAUACAUUGGGGAAUAUAGAGAAAUCAGAAUGCUGAGCCCAGAGCUUUAUUAUGAGGUGACUAUGUCAGAAGGUUUGAGUCCCAUAAGAGCCACAGAACAGCUAUGUCAGUGAACUCCAGGGCAUCUAUGGGAAAGCACUGGGAUGACUUCAUCUGAUACACAUACAACAAUUCAAAGAGAUGGCCGUUUGUGAAAUCCAUCAAAAUGUUAUGUAUCAUUAACUACUGAUCCUUAUCAUUUGAAAUUCUGAGUUAAUCAAAUAAUAUUAAAUGCCUAGAGCUAUGAUACAUAAAUGUAGCAUUAGGCCCAGAACCUGACAUCAGUCAAGUCAAAUGCAUAAGAAACGAGAAUGUAAAAAAGGAAUAAUUUACAAUGGAAAAUAUAUUUCUUCCCUUCACUCCAAA